AUGAGCAUUUCAAAAUUAAGGAAAGUGGAUAUUCCUGGCGAUACAGAGAACAUUAAACUGAAAACUCUUCAAAGCAGAUCCCGUGAUAUUGAUAAAGAAAAUAUUACUAUACAAGAACUCGGAGGUGAAAGGUUGUCUCCAUUUAAUCAAGGGAUCACUAAUAUAUCUCGUAUAGGGUUGGAAAGGUCCGCCUGGUUCGGUCCUGGUCCUAUAACUUGCAG